AUGUUCUACCGAUACGAUAUUGCUGUUUCACCCGCGGUCGCCGGAAGAAAGCUUAGCCAGGUCAUCAGGCUGUUACUGGAGUCCGAAGAAUUGAUGGAAUUUCGACGGGAUGUGGCCACUGACUUCAAGUCAACUCUUGUGUCGCGUCAGAAGUUGCCCGCGGAUGAGACGGUUGCCAAAAUCCAGUACCGCUCGGAAGAUGAGGACGAACCUCGACAAAAUGCCACCCAAUACGAAGUUCGUCUCCUAUACACGAAUACCUUGAGUGUCUCGCAUCUGAUCGAGUAUCUCACAUCUACGAACAUAAGCGCGCGGUUCGACGACGCUCAGUCUCUGCAAGAAUUCUCUCUAGCCGAUAACGCGGAUACGUGGGAUCUUGGCACAGGAUUGACGGCAAUACGAGGCUUCUUUUCGAGCGUGAGGGUGGCAACCUGCCGCCUCCUUGUCAAUGUGAAUGUCAGCCACCGUGCCUUUUAUGAAGCAGGGCCGCUGGACAAGAUCAUGUUAAUGUACUACUCUGCUCACCAAAGCAGCAGGUACAAACUGAACAACUUCCUCGCGAAGCUCAAGGUGGAGCCUACUCACCUGCCAGAAAGGAAGAACAAAAAGGGUGAAAUCGUGCGGAAAGUCAAGACCAUUGUUGGCCUCGCCAACACGAAUGACGGACACGGCCUCCCGCACCCCCCAAGGGUAAAAGAGUUUGGUGCAGGUCCUAAGGAUGUGAAGUUCUGGCUCGAAGGCGGUGGGGGAGGCCAGCCUGCGAGCACACCAGGAGCCGGAAGUCAGGACGAAGGUAAAAAGAAAAAGAAGAAAUGGAAACAGGCAGGCCCUUCCGACAAGCCAUCGUCGACCUCGUCCAGUGGCAGAUACAUCAGUGUUUACGACUUCUUUUGGACCAAAUAUAACUGGCAGACCAACCCCAUGAUCCCCAUCAUCAACGUCGGUACACGAGAUACCCCAAGCUACCUUCCACCUGAGGUCUGUGUCGUCGGUCCAGGUCAGAAUUCAAACUCACAGCUCAACCCCGCGCAAACCCAACGAAUGAUACAGUUUGCUGUACGGAGCCCAUGGGAGAAUGCUGCUUCAAUAGUCCGCGAUGGUUUUCAAACAGUUGGUCUUUCAUCACAGGCGAACGUGCUUCUGGAUCGGUUUGGCGUAUGGGUCCCACCUCAGUUGAUCACUGUGUCAGGGAGGGUUCUCAACGAGCCUAAGGUCUUGUACAAAGAGAAGCCAGCCCCGGUGCGCUCUGGCAGCUGGAAUAUGGUUAACAUGAAGUUGAACACCACCGGGACUAUGACGAAUUGGUCGUACCUGCUCAUUUCAAUACCUGAUCGGCGAGACGCAUUUGAUCAAGCAGGCCUCAUCGCUAUGCUCGUCAAGUUUCAAGAGGCUUUGCGCAAAACCGGAAUGGUCGUGGCCCCCCCGGCUCAGGGACGAAGACUAGUCCUGAGAGACCAGGAUGACCCUGAGCUCGACAACGUCUUCAAAUUAGCUGCCAAGUCCUUACACCUGCUUUUCAUUAUCCUACCAGAUACCACACCCCUCUACAACAGGAUCAAACACUGCGGCGACGUUAAGUACGGGAUUCAAACUAUCUGCGUUGUUGGCCAUAAGAUUGCCAAAGAGAAGGGUCAGGACCAGUACUUCGCCAACGUCGCCCUGAAGCUCAACCUGAAACUGGGCGGAAACAACCAGCUACUCGAUAAACCACGCCUUGGUAUAAUCAAUGAGAAUAAGACUAUGGUUGUCGGUAUUGACGUCACACACCCGUCUCCUGGGUCUAGUUCUCGCGAGCCAAGCAUCGCCGGGAUGGUUGCGAGCGUUGAUAGGUGGCUUGGCCAGUGGCCUGCAAUUCUCCAGGUCCAGGCCGGCGCUCGCCAGGAAAUGGUCACGGACCUGUCAGACAUGCUUAAAUCACGCCUCCAGCUGUGGAAAACCAAAGGACACCACCAGCCCCUGCCCGAGAAUAUCUUGGUAUACCGUGACGGCGUCUCCGAGGGUCAGUAUGACAAAGUCAUCGAUGAGGAACUUCCACGGCUGCGUAAGGCAUGUACGGAGGUGUAUCCGACCUCUGACCAGAAAAAGGGCCUCCCACAUUUCACCAUCGUCAUUGUCGGUAAGCGUCACCACACGCGAUUUUACCCGACCAAGGAAGCCAACGCCGACCGGUCCGGCAACCCGAAGCCCGGCACCAUCGUCGACCGCGGUGUCACAGAGGCACGUAACUGGGACUUCUUCCUCCAAGCGCACGCAGCCAUUCAGGGCACCGCGCGUCCGGGGCACUACGUUGUCGUGCUCGAUGAGAUCUUCCGAGCUCGCUAUGCCAAGACGUUGCCGCCGGAUUGCAGCAACGUGGCGGAUGUGCUUGAGGACCUAACGCAGAGCUUGUGAUAUGUGUAUGGGCGUACGACCAAGGCAGUCAGUCUGUGUACGCCGGCUUACUAAGCUGAUAUUGUCUGUGAGAGGGCUAGGUGCUAUCUGAGUGGUGUGUUUGACACGCCGACACAGUCCGCGGAGCCGUCACUGGCCGGAAGUCAGACGGAGGGGUUGCAAGUUGGGAAUGAAGAUGUGAGGAUUCAUGAGAAGUUGAAGGAUACCAUGUUUUAUAUUUAAGCAGCGGAAGAAGCGGGGAAGCUGGGAUCUUGCAGUCCUUGAUUUUGGUCCUCCAACAACGACUCAAGUAUUUUAAUAAUGUUAGGAUGCCAGAAAUGGUGACGCGAAGGUGCGUAUUUGUUUAUAACGGCUUGAAUCUUGCUGCGCUUCCUUAAUUGCAGUUGUUUCCUAGUGUGAAAACUGGCCUCCAUGACAGGUAGGCCUUCCUUCGUAUGACAUGUUGAGUGAAGUGGGG